AUGCGCCUCGUCACCGAAUCUAGCGCCGGUGUUUCCCGCGCCUGUGAACUUUCGCCCAUGGUGUCCACACCAAGUCGUUUCUCAACGAUCCUUAUUUCGCUGCAUUUACAAGUUGCCGUUGGCUCUCUUUCCCACUCGACGUCAUUACAACAAUGGUUGAGUUCGGCUUUGGCAUAUAGCUUGUGUACAGCAUCUCUUUUUUUGCUUAUUUCUUCCGUGUGUCGAGAGAAUGCUAGCGUCGGCAUUGACGUUCCUGAACUCAGCAAGCUCCUGCGAUCACUCACUUUCGUGAGUUCCAUCAGCCGUAACUGUUGUGCUCUCGAGUUUGGCAUCGUGCUUUCGCUCGCUUAG